UACGCCUUCCUCAUCCUUUGGAGCUCCAUCAUUCAUCCCUGCAUUUCCUUGCUCCUCAUAAUUCCUCACAAGAUAUUACAAACUCUUCUUAACAAAUGGGUUUUCUGGGAGCCAUUGCCAGGCAUCUUGAUACAUUGAUUGGCCCUGCAGUGAUGCUGUUGUAUCCUCUAUAUGCAUCAAUGCGUGCAAUUGAAACCCCUUCUCCUCUUGAUGAUCAGCAAUGGUUGACAUAUUGGGUGUUGUAUUCACUCAUCACUCUCUUUGAGCUCUCUUGUUACAAAGUUCUUGCAUGGUUUCCUCUUUGGCCUUACAUGAAGCUUGUCUUCUGUUUCUGGCUGGUGCUUCCUAUAUUCAAUGGAGCAGCAUACAUAUACGAGAAUUUCGUAAGAAGAUAUGUCAAGGUUGGGAGCUUUGUAAGCUCAAGUUAUCCAGAGGAACAGAGGAGAGUACUGCAAAUGAUGAGUCUGGAUGCUAGAAAAUCGGUUGAGCGAUACAUUGAACGAUACGGCUCUGAAGCUUUCGAUCGAGUCAUCAGAGCUGCUGAAACUGAAGCAAAGAGACAUUGAAGAACAGCAGCAGCUUUCAUGGUAAAGUGGAGCACUGUGACACAAGUUAACAUUAGUUUAUCAUUCAUUUUAAAAAAAUAAAUAAAUAAGAAGGAUGUGAAACAGCCAUGCCUUUGUUUUAAGAGACAGAAAGCAACUGAGGAGAACUUUUCAUAAGACCUGAGAGAUUAUGUGUGUGUUUUUAAUAGCAUAUCAAAGAUAAAGAUGUUUCUGUAUAUAUUGAAGAGUUCAAAUUAAUGACAAAGAUCAAAAGAGAUCAUUCAGCUCAUAAAGGCAAUAGCA